AUGUUCAUAAUCAAAAGGAACAACCCAACAGUAGUGUCUUACAAAUACCCCCACAGUAAAAGAAUCCCGUCUCACAAUAGAAGAAGAAUUAAUAUCUCACUCCAACGCACGCCCCUCUCCCCCUCAUCCAGAAAAGAAAUAAAGGAAAUCAAAGAAGAGAAACCCAAACCCAGAGGCGCAAUAUCCGAAACUAAUAUCCCCCAAAGAAAAGGGAAACAAAUACCGAAGGAGCCCCUGGGAAAAUUACAGCCGAGUCAACCAAAGUAA